UGCAAGGUCCCAACUUUACAAAUUCACUUCUAGGAGUUUUGCUACGAUUUAGACAGGAGCCCAUAGCCUUGAUGGCUGACAUUCAAGCUAUGUUUCACCAGGUCAGGGUGGCAGAAGAGGAUGUAGAUUUCCUUCGAUUUCUGUGGUGGUCUGACGGAAACCUGAAUCAAGAACUCACUACUUGCAGGAUGAUAGUUCAUCCAUUUGGAGCUGUGUCUUCUCCAAGCUGUGCUUGUUUUGCAUUAAGGCGAACUGCUGAAGAUAAUCAAUCAUUUUUUCCAUCUCAAGUAGUUGAAACAGUCUUUGAUUGUUUCUAUGUGGAUGAUUGUUUAAAGAGCAUCUCUUCUGAGGGUGAAGCUAUUGUUUUGAUAAAGGAUCUUAUUGCCUUAUGUCAGAAGGGUGGUUUCUGCCUGACUAAAUGGAUCAGUAAUGAUCGUAAAGUGUUGCAAUCUAUUCCAGAAGAACACCGAAGCAAAGACAUUCGGUGCUUGGAUCUUGACCGAGACAAAUUACCAGUGGAAAGAACUUUGGGUCUUCAGUGGGAUGCAGAAAAUGAUACAUUUCAAUUCAGGAUGCAGUUGAAAUCCCAACAAUGUACAAGAAGGGGAAUCUUGUCAGUUGUGAGCUCAGUAUAUGAUCCUAUGGGAUUUAUCGCUCCUUUAACAUUGCCUGCCAAACUACUUCUACAGGAGAUGUGUAGGCAGAGGUUGAGUUGGGAUGAACAAAUACCUCCGGGACUUCAGAGUCAGUGGACCCAUUGGAUUUCUGAAUUGAACAAGAUGGCACACUUUCAAGUAAAUCGAUGUUUCAAGCCUCCAGAUUUUGGAGAGAUAACUGAUGCCUGCUUACAUCAUUUUUCAGAUGCCUGUGAGAAGGGAUAUGGCACAGUUACUUACCUCAAAAUGAAGAACAGAGAUAAAGUGCAUGUGUCAUUUCUUCUUGGUAAAGCCAGGGUAGCACCCCUCAAGCAAGUGACCAUUCCCCGUCUGGAAUUAACAGCUGCUGUGCUUGCUGUUAAGGUAGAUGAAAUGUUGAAGAAGGAGUUAAAGAUUCAGUUAGACAACUCUGUCUUUUGGACCGAUAGCAUGACUGUGCUCAAGUACAUCAAGAAUGAGGAUAAACGUUUUAAGACUUUUGUUGCUAAUAGAGUGUCAUAUGUAAGAGAGAGAACACUGCUUCAGCAAUGGAGAUAUGUUUCCACAAAGGAAAAUCCUGCAGAUGAUGCUUCCCGUGGAAUGCAGAUCAACACCUUUAUACACAGCAAAAGAUGGAUUGAGGGUCCCAGUUUCCUUUGGAGAACAGACGACUAUCAGAUGUCUCCAAUAGAGGAAAGCAUAAUUCCAUCAGAUGAUCCAGAAGUCAAACAAGAUAUUAAGGUAAAUGCUGUCAUCCUGCAGGACAAACAAAAUGCCACUUGGCAGAGUACUGGAAACUUUUCCAGACGAAAAGGGACUUGUGCGUACAGUUAA